AUGGCCGUCUACAAAAUCUCGACAGCCUUCCCCACCCACAUUCAUCACUCUGGUGCUCCCUCAGUCGACGACGAACCGCUCGUCUCAUUGGACGCAAAAAGAUCCUCGGACGCCCUCCUCACUUCCCUCAUUGUCGACUUUGCAUUGACUCGUGCCUUGUCGACUGCCGUUGAAUCCAGAGAAAAGAAGGCCGUCGACGACGAGAACUCAAAUGCCUCUUUGGGAUCCCCCGAAAAGUCUACAGUUCAACCGCCUGCAAGUGUUCCCAUGUCGAAUGAACUCGGGGCUGCAGACAAUGAUCUGACGCCCCGACCCAGUCACGCCAACAUGUCUAUUCCCAUCCUCGAGCGCGAGAUACCUCUAGACAAGAAUGACCUUGAGCCGAGGUCGCCGCCCCUCGCGAAUGAAUGUAUCGUUCCGGCAGACAAUGACCUUACUCCCCGGUCCAACGACACACACGGCCCCAUUCUCGAACGCUGGGCCAUUCUCGAACGAGGGAAAUCUUCACCUCUAGACAAUGAUCUCACUCCCCGACCCAACCACGCCAACAUGUCUGUUCCCAUCCUCGAGCGCGAGAUACCUGCACGUCCGGACAAGAAUGACUUUCAGCCGAGAUCGCCGUCCCUCUCAAAUGAUGUUGUCGUCGCGGCAGACAAUGACCUUACUCCGCGACCCAACCACAACAACAUGUCGGUUCCCAUACUGGAGCGCGAGAUACUUGCACCUCUAGACAAUGACAUUGUCGACAGACCGAAUCACGCCUCCUCGUCCUCAUCCACACCCGACUACGAGAGCUUGGAAAGUGAGUCGACCCUGGACGCAUACCUCGCUCACUCGGACAAGGACGCCUCGCACAUGCCCUCAGAAGAUGCGCACUCUACCACCUCGGAAAGCUUCAAUGUUGACACGGACAUGAUGAUGACACCCCGCCUCAACCGCCUCAGCUUCAUGUCCGAAACCGACGCAGACUCGGACGUGACGAUCAAACCCAAUAAACACCGACGAGGCGGCUCGGUCGGCUCCGUGGGAACAUUUGGUCUCGGCGAAGAGAUUGAGACGCCCUUUGAAUCGAGUGUUCCCCCAUUGCUCCUCCCCGUCGUGGAUGAAAUACCCGUUUCAGAGCAAGCCUGCUGGUCCUACGGCGUUGGAACCGAUAGUAUCUAUUCCUCCGAAACCACCAUCGAAUCAAACAGUCUAGCCGAAAGCAUCUCAGAAAGCCUCGCAGAAAGUCUAGCAGAAAGCCUAGCAGAAAGCCUAGCAGACGAUCACCUCUCUGAAACCUUUGACACCCUCCCCCCCAUCUUUGACGACCCCCCAUCCACAAACUACUAUUUCUCCACUCUCCCCCUCCCGCCUUCUUCAUCCGUCCCACCGCGAUACUACCACCUCGGCAUCUACACCCACAUAUCCGAUCCAACACCAUCGACAACCCUCCCCCGUCACACACUCUAUAAAAUCACAAUCACACUCUUACGCCCCCAUAUCACAGCCUACGAAAACCCCACAGCGAAAUCCUACACGAUUUAUAAACGCUAUCGAGAAUUCCGGGCAUUGUACACGGCACUAAGUAAAAUGUAUCCUACAUUACUUUGUACACACUUUCCGAAAAAGAGAUGGUUGGAUCGGUUUUCGUCCAAAGUUGUUGGAGACCGACUUGUCGCUUUUCAAAAGUUUUUGGAGACGGUUGUGGUGCAUCCUGGGUUAUGUUAUGAAGGGUGUGUUGUAGAGUUUUUGAGAGAGGUCAAGGAUACGAAUGGGGGAAGGGUCAAAAAGAGGAGUUGGAGUUUACCGUUCUAA